AUGAGCGUUUAAACAAGUUAGUUUUAAUAAUAAGUAUAAAUGGAGCAAGACACAAAUUAAAACUAGAAGCAUUUCAACGAGUUCUUAACAGAAAGCUAUGAUGAAAAUGACAAAAAAAACCAUUGUAAUAUAGGUAGAGCUCGUGACGACUUAAGCGUUUUUGAUAACUAAGAAGCAGACUUGGUUUAGUAACAAGAAUAAGAAAGACAUGUCAAUGAAUUAAUAGAUAAAUACAACUCCUAAAUGGAAUUUUAUAAACCAUAGAAAACAGAAUAAAAUAAAAUAAAUUCUAACUCUAGUUAAAUAAAAGGAAAUUCUUCAGCAGUGAGAAAUGAAUCUAGCCCAAUGAAAUAGAGUGAUUACUAAUUUCAAAAUACAUAAAAUCAACAAUUUUAAUAGCGUUCAUAAUAUGAGGAAUUUUAAGAAAAGCCAAUUCCUUUGACAGCAGUCCUAGCUGAAGAAAGAUAAAAAAAUUAAUAUAUAUAAGCCAGCGGAGCCUUAAAUGCAUAAAGCUUGCAAAAUGAUGAUUAUGAAUUCUGUCCAAACUGCAAUAGGAAAUUUUUUUCUGGUCGUUUAAAUCUUCAUUUAAAAAGCUGCAAGCCUAACAAGCCUCUAAAGCCAAUAAAAAAAUAAUCACAUAUUUCAAAUGAAGAGGAUCAAUAGUAGUUAUCACCUUAAAGGAAUAAUUCAAGCACUGUUCAAUUUAAUAAGAAUUCUGAAGCCAGUAGCACUAAUAAUAUAGCAUUGUAAAACAAAGAAAAUGAUGAAUAAAUGAACAAAAGUUAGAAAAAUAAAUCUUAAAUAAAUCCUAAUACUGAAAAAGAAGAGAAUUUCUAAUAGUCAAAGUAUAAUUUAGAUAUAUUCGAGCACAAGAUCAACAAUUAGCAUGAUGAAUAACAAAGUGAAGAUAAUAGAGUUUAAUGCGACAUAUGCGGAAGAAAAUUCAUGCAAGACAGAAUCGAAAAACAUUAAGUUGCUUGCUCUAAAUCAUAGAAAGCAAGGCCAGUUUACAAUUCUAGUGCAGCUAGAUGUCCUGAAGAUGAAAAUGGUAAAAAACUAAUAUCUACAACCAAUCUUUUACCACCAAAGGCUGCUAAAAAGGUUUCUGAAACAUCAGUUAUUCCAAUUAAAGGACCUCCAUAAAUAAAUUUAAAAGAGUAGGAACCAACAACAAAUGAAAAUUCUAAAAUUGGAAUAAAUAAACCAGUUAAUGCAUAAAAAAAUAGUACAACCCCAUCUCAAAAGGCAAAUAAUCAGAUAAAACAACUGCAUACUGAAUAAAAAAAUCAUAAUAAUGAUGAGAAAUAAAAAAAAUUACCUAAAUGGAAAAUUGAGCACUAGCAAUUUUUAGAAAAUAUACGUUACAACAAGAAAAUAAAACAAAUUGAAAAAGAAGGAGGAGAUAAAUCAUAAAUAGAAAGACCAGUAGAUGAUUUAGAAGCCUUGGGGUAUAUUUAAUGUUAAUACUGUCAAAGAAAAUUUGCAAAAGAAACUGCUGAAAGACAUAUUCCUUUAUGCAAAAAUAUAAUAAAUAGACCUAAGCCACCCAGAUAGCCUUCUAGGUAGAACUCAGAUAAAGGAACUGGCUCAAUUAAUUAACAAGAAAAUAAAAGGCAAGCAGUAAAAAAGAUAAUCGCUAAAAAUAAUUUUUCAAGUGAAGACACAGAGACCUAAAUUAAAUCAAAUAUAUCUUCAAAUGGAGAUAUUUAGCAACAGUAAACAAAUGACAAUUCUGACUAAACUAGCUUAAUUUCUAAUAAAACGCUAAAUACUACUGGAGGAACUGGGGCAAGCUAUAGCUCAAAUAUUUAAAAAACAACGAAUAAAAUAUCAUCUGCCGUGUAUGAUAAAUAAAACUAAGAAUAAAAUGCAAAGAGUCGAACAGGACUAUUACCUGAUCUAAAUAUAAAGUAGAGUGAUAAAAAAUACUUUACAUCAAGGAAAUUUGGAAGUUAUAAUAACAGGAGCUCAAAUGCAAACAACAACAGUAAUAGCGAAAUUUAAAAACAAAAACUCUAUGAAGAUAUAUACACAAGAGCAUAGUAAAUUGGUUCAGUUUAAUGUCCUCAUUGUGAAAGAGUGUUUGCCAAACAUGCUUCUGAGAGACACAUUCCAAUUUGUAAAAAUGUUCUAAAUAGACCCAACCCCUUGGCUGAUAUUACUAGAAAUACAAGAUAAAGUCUACCUAAAAAAAUUUCUGCACAGAAUGGUAUGUAUACUCAGAGAUAGAGUCUCGGUCAUAAUUAAUCUUCUCCUAAGCACUCUGAUACAAACAGAGCUGUUUACGAUGGUUAAAAUUACUAGAAACCAAGGACAAGUGAUAGCAAUAUGGCAAAUAAAAUAAGUAGUAAUCUUAACAGCACUAAUCCAACAAAUUUUUGUGGAUUUUGUGGAUUCUAAUUUGCCAUGGAUCACAAAUAUUGUGGGAGCUGUGGGAAAAAAAGAUUUAGCACAGCUAAAAAUGGCUACAUUUCAAGUAAAUAGAUGGGGUCAAAGUAAAAUUUCGAUAAUAAUAACAACAAUUCAGUUAUAAAUAAAACAGCAACUAAUAUAGAUUGA